GCAUAAAGUGAGGCCAAGGGCUGCUAUUUUGCAUGCUGCACACAUGCACUGACCAAACAACCGUGUCAGGGUGAAAGAGAAAAGCCUUCUUGUGCAGGGCAAAGCUUGCACAGUACCAAGGUGAGUUGUCUCUGGAGAGAGGCUCUCAAAGUAAUGAGGAAGGGUCAGAUGAAGAAGAAUUAAAGAGCAGCGGGAAGGCACCUCAGUCUAACAACAACAACAACAACAACAACAAAGUGCAAAGGCUAGGCAAUGGAACCAGCCAAGAAAUACCUUUUCACAUACAAAGGAUUCUAUUUCCAGCCAGACAUGGCUUCAGCGGAGUACUUGGAUACCUUGGAGGAUUUUGAAAUAAGAGACAGUGAUGUAUAUUUAGUCACUUAUCCAAAGUCAGGAACAAUAUGGACUCAAAAUAUUUUGAGCUUGAUUUAUCAUGAAGGUCACCGAGAUGGAACUGAAAAAGUGGAUUUACUAGACAGAGUUCCAUGGCUGGAGUACAAUAUCCGCAAUGUGGAUUACAUCAGUCGUCCAUCACCUCGUCUCUUUGCUUCCCAUCUACCCUACUAUUUAGCACCCAAGGGAUUAAGGAACAGAAGAGCAAAAGUUGUUUAUGUGGUCAGAAACCCAAAGGAUGUCUUGGUUUCCUAUUACCAUUUUUCCAAAACUUCAGUCAAAUUAGAAGAAGUAGAAGAUUUUGGAAUUUUCAUGGAGAGGUUUUUGGCUGGAAAGGUACUUGCAAGUUCAUGGUUGGACCAUGUAGAAGGCUGGUACUCUCACAAGGAUGACUUCAAUAUUCUAUUUCUUACCUAUGAAGAAAUGAAGAAGGAUCUAAGAAGCUCUGUAUUGAAAUUAUGCAACUUCCUGGGAAAGAGACUGACGGAAAAGGAGGUGGAUGCUGUUGUGGAUCAGGCUACAUUUAAUAAAAUGAAAGCAGAUCCCAGGGCAAACUAUGAGUUCUUGCCACCGGAUCUCAUAGACCACAGCAGAGGGCAUUUUCUUCGCAAAGGCACUGUUGGAGACUGGAAGAACAUAAUGACAGUCGCACAAAGUGAAAGAUUUGACAGUGUUUUUAAGGAGAGAAUGGAAAAGCUGCCCUUCAAGUUCUGCUGGGACAUCCAUGAGGAAUCAUGAGUCUGCCUUCAGCUUGGAAGGAUGAAAUAAAGUGUAUGCAUUUAAUCCAGGCCUAUUUGUAAGAGUUAG